UGUCCAACGGAAAAAAAAUGAUGAACAUAUCAAAUCACAAGUCUUUCUCUGUCUCAAUUUUGUAUUUUGGGUUUUCAAAAAGAAAUUUACAUAGACGACUCCUCCAGAGUCGACGAAAGUCAUGCGAAUAGAAAAGCACUUCCGUUUCUUAUUUGAUCUUUAUGCUUCUUUCUUUUUAAACCACACCCUCCGCUCCUCCUUACUAGCAACCAAAGACAGAAUACACACUUUUCAACCAUGAAUUUGCUUAAUGGUUCUGUAUGGCAAUCUGUGCUCGUCUAUAUUAUCAUACCUUUGCUUUCACUACUAGGUAUUAUUGCGUUGGUGGUAUUAUUAUGCCCCUGUUUCCGAGUCCAAAUUUUUCGCAAGAGAAAAACAUCAGAUGAGAGGAGACAAGAGAAGUUAAAGGCUCUUAUUCCACUCAAACACUACACUUAUGCGCAAGUGAAGAAAAUUACAAAGUCAUUUGCAGAAGUGGUUGGGAAAGGAGGAUUUGGAGUUGUUUAUAGAGGAACUCUUUCUGAUGGCCGUAUGGUUGCGGUGAAAGUCUUGAAAGAUUCAAAGGAAAAUAAUGGUGAAGAUUUCAUCAAUGAAGUUGCCAGCAUGAGCCAAACAUCUCAUGUCAACAUUGUUUCCUUACUUGGAUUCUGCUCCGAAGGUUCAAAAAGAGCAAUCAUAUAUGAGUUUUUAGGGAAUGGCUCGCUUGAUAAGUUCAUCUCAAACAACAUUUCACUCAAUUUAGACUUCACGGCACUGCAUGAAAUUGCACUAGGAGUUGCUCGUGGUAUAGAGUAUUUGCACUUUGGCUGCAAAACAAGGAUCGUGCAUUUCGACAUUAAACCUCAGAACGUUCUGUUGGAUGAAAAUUUUCUCCCCAAAGUUUCUGAUUUUGGACUUGCUAAACUCUGCGAGAAGAAAGAGAGCGUAAUGUCGCUGCUAGACAUGAGAGGUACAAUAGGGUACAUUGCACCAGAGAUGUUCUCCCCAGUGUAUGGGAGUGUGUCUCAUAAGUCAGAUGUGUAUAGCUAUGGGAUGUUACUACUGGAAAUGAUAGGCGCAAGGAAGAAAGAAAUAGUUGAUCAAUCGAAUGCAAGCUCAAUGUAUUUUCCAGAGUGGAUAUACCAGGAUCUCGAGCAGGGGGGAGACAAUGGAAGUACUACCGAGAAUGGAAUCAGAAGCGAAGAAGAGGAGAUAGCAAAGAAGAUGAAAAUUGUGGGGUUGUGGUGUAUCCAGUCUUCUCCAUCAAACCGUCCGCCGAUGAAUGUAGUUGUAGAGAUGAUGGAAGGAAGCCUUGAAGCUCUUGAAGUGCCUCCAAUGCCUGUCUUGCAACAGAUUCCAGCAUCGCGGCUUUCUCAAUCUUUGUGGGAUUCAGGUGAGAGUUCAAGCGCUUCUGAAGUAUUGGUAUGCUCUGCAAAAUGAAAGUUACGAUUGAGGCACAAGGGAAUUUGUGCAGAGAUGGUCUAGGCACUUGUGAAAACUGCGACCUGAAAUGUAAAACUAAGCACGGUCCAUCAAGCGAAAGCAACUGCGACCAUAGUGUUGGAGUGGCAUUAUGCACGUGCUUUUACCAAUGUCAUCCUCCUACACCUCCGCCGCCGCCAACACAGAAAACUUGCAACAGUGGAACUACUCUAUGCACUGAACAGUGUUCGGACAAUUGCUGUGACACGAACUGCGCAAAGUCGCAUGUCGGUGGACAUGGAAUUUGUAAUUCCAUUGGUAAUACCCGUCUUUGUUUGUGUGAGUA